CUGUUUGGUUUCUCUUGCUGCCUUUGCAGAUCCCCUGCUUCAGCAUCUCUCUCGUCUCCCUCUGUCUCUCUCUCUCUUCUGUCUCCCCCUCCUACCCUCCUCCCUCCCCACAUAAAGUGCCGCAUUGCUGUAUCAAAGUGGGGUGCGUUCACUACGCAGACAGAUUUAGAGCCUGCCACCCCCCCUGUGUUGGAGUGCUAAGGAAGAAAGAGGGUGUUCAGAGGGAACACGCUGUGCUGCCUGAACACACAGCUACAGCAGGGGAACCCUGGGUGGGAACAUUCUCUCUUCUUUCCCUCUGUGUUCUGUUCAUCAUGGGGAAGGAAAAGAUCCACAUUAAUAUUGUUGUGAUUGGCCAUGUGGACUCUGGGAAGUCCACCACCACCGGUCACCUCAUCUAUAAGUGUGGAGGCAUUGACAAGAGAACCAUCGAGAAAUUUGAGAAGGAGGCUGCAGAGAUGGGGAAAGGAUCCUUUAAGUAUGCCUGGGUAUUGGACAAGCUAAAGGCAGAGCGAGAGAGAGGCAUCACCAUAGACAUCUCUCUCUGGAAAUUUGAGACUUCUAAAUACUACAUUACCAUCAUAGAUGCUCCAGGUCACAGAGAUUUUAUCAAGAACAUGAUCACAGGGACUUCCCAGGCAGACUGUGCCGUUUUGAUCGUGGCAGCUGGCGUGGGUGAAUUUGAAGCCGGCAUCUCCAAGAACGGGCAGACACGCGAGCAUGCCCUACUAGCCUACACUCUGGGUGUUAAACAGCUGAUUGUAGCUGUCAACAAGAUGGACUCCACAGAGCCUCCUUACAGCGAGAAGCGCUAUGAUGAGAUAGUUAAGGAGGUCAGCGCCUACAUCAAGAAGAUUGGCUACAGCCCGGCGGCCGUGCCCUUCGUUCCCAUUUCAGGGUGGCAUGGGGACAACAUGUUGGAGCCCUCCUCUAAUAUGCCGUGGUUUAAAGGCUGGAAGCUGGACAGGAAGGAGCUUCAUGCUACAGGAGUCACCCUUCUGGAGGCUCUGGACACUAUCCUGCCCCCCACACGGCCCACAGACAAACCCUUACGUCUUCCCUUGCAGGACGUCUACAAGAUUGGAGGUAUUGGGACAGUGCCGGUGGGAAGGGUAGAGACUGGCGUCCUGCGGCCCGGCAUGGUGGUGACCUUCGCCCCAGUCAACAUCACCACGGAGGUGAAGUCUGUGGAGAUGCACCACGAGUCUCUGACUGAAGCUCUGCCAGGGGAUAACGUGGGCUUCAACGUAAAGAAUGUGUCAGUGAAGGACAUCCGCAGGGGGAACGUGUGCGGAGACAGCAGGUCAGACCCACCCCAGGAGGCCUCGGGGUUCACAGCACAGGUUAUUAUUUUGAAUCACCCGGGUCAGAUCUGUGCUGGUUACUCUCCUGUCAUUGACUGCCACACGGCUCACAUCGCCUGCAAGUUCGCUGAGCUGAAGGAGAAGAUUGACCGUCGCUCUGGGAAGAAGCUGGAGGACAAUCCCAAGAACCUGAAGUCUGGAGAUGCUGCGAUCGUGGACAUGGUCCCAGGCAAACCCAUGUGUGUGGAGAGCUUUUCUCAGUACCCUCCUCUGGGACGCUUUGCUGUCCGAGAUAUGAGGCAGACCGUCGCCGUCGGGGUCAUCAAGAACGUGGAAAAGAAGGUGGGUGGGAGCGGCAAAAUCACCAAAUCAGCACAGAAAGCUCAGAAGGCCGGCAAGUGAACCUGAAGCUCCUGGUCCGGACCCCGUCCAGCUCCCACAAAUCUAGAAGCCCCCACUGUGUACCUGGGCAUGCUCAGCGCCCCCUUUUGCAGCUCAAAUACAUUCUGCAUCGCUGACUGGAGGAUGAUGGUCUUCUGAAUGUGAAGGACAGACAAUGUCUAUCGAAGGGUUUACCACAGCCUUGUUGCAAUUUAUCCAUUUUACUGCUCAGGCUGCAGUCUCUAUAUAUUCUGUAUAAUAUAUAUCUAUACCCUGUAUAUAUUUAUAUCAGUAUAAUAGAGGGAGGUUUGCAUUUUGAGGUCUGUGCUGCAGCCGUAGAAUAAAUGAAGGUGGAAUCACACAGUUCUGGAGUGACAGAGCAUUAGCACGAGUCUCGAUCUCACAAGCUUGUGUGUCUUAAUGACUAAUAAUUAAAAAAGAAAUAAAUAAAAUGUUUAUUUUAUAUUUAUGAUUUCCCUUUGUUUACAAGCCGUCACUACAUCACUUUUUUGUUUAUGCUUUACGCACAUGUUGUCCUUGCUGUAAGAGAGAACUUCGCAACCCUGAAGCUUUAAUGAUUAAUAAAUAAAAAGGCUGCUAUAUAAUCAGACACAGUUCACCCAGGCCUUAGGCGACUUGUUUUUUUUUCUUUUAAUAAAACUAAACCUGUGAAAAAUCUA